CGCUACCUGACUGAUUUCGAUCUGCUCCAAUCCUUUGGAAAGAUAAAGGUGAAGAGCAGCACCCAAUCCGCGCUAGUUUCAGGGACUGCAGCUGCAAGGGGAACGAGAAAAGAGGAGCUCCCCACUGUGAAAGCAAAGCCGAGCCCUCCGACUCCGAAGGCUUGCUGGAAAGAGAACACGAAACCCCAGGAGUUCAAGCUCCAUUCUCAAGAAAGAGCCAUCAAGCGUUCCAUCUUCAACUAUUUCGUGGCAACCAAAAUAUAUGUUGAGGAGCACGAGAAACGGCAACUAGACAAGCUGCAAAAGUUGAUCGAAGAAGAAGAAGUGAAGUCGUUGAGGAAGAAAAUGGUCCCCAGAGCCCAAUUGAUGCCUUUCUUCGACCGACCAUUCUUCCCACAAAGAUCAAACAGAGCGCUCACAAUGCCAAAACAGCGCCGUUUCAACAACACCAACUGCAUGAUGAGUUGCGUUUCUGAGAAUGAGAUGUUCCAUUUUCAUCGUCAACCUUAUUAUUAAAACAUUUAUGUUCAUAAUGUUAAAUCUCUCUGGCAUGGGUUUCUUUUUGAUGAAAUGUAUAUCGUGGUUUAGGUUUAGAGAGUACUUUAAUUUGGAAACUUUGUACUAGUGUUUAAUUUGCUGCCUACUAUAGCUAAUGUACUUUAAUAUGUGUGAGCCGAGCCGAGCCGAGCCGCCCAACUAAAAUCCCGCUCUUAUGAUUGACUCUGUAACGGUUUUGUUGUCAAAUAAAUAAUAAUCUACUUUUACCA